AUUGACUUCAGAGUACUAAUUUGGUCUCGGAGAAGCCACCAAUUCGCGGUUCUCUUGCCUUCCGCCCAUCUUCGAAAAGGGACUGUGGCUCAACAAGAUGCCACGCUGUCACUAUUUUUUCUACAGAAUAUUUCACAGCGAAACACAAUACUCCGACAAUUCUAGAUGACCUCUAUACCUUGUGAUCUCAACAUUACUGUAUGGGCUGUGUAUUAUCACCCUGCUGUCAUGUGCUUGUCUGUACCCUCCUGUCCUCGGCUAGGGAGAAACUGGCUCCUCUCCGAGUCCGUAUCAAGGCCGCCCGAUUCUGUUAUAUACCCGCUUCAGUUCGGACGUUUUAGUGGCAGCUCCUUGUUCCGAUUCCAGGAUCCAACAGACAGGUCACGGUAAAUGCCAUGCCGACAACUCGUCCUUGGAGUCGGCACACAUCACCCCAGAUCAACUCGACACAACCUCGCCGAAGAUAAUCAUCCAACAAUGACAACAAGUC